AACUGAGAUCGCGCAGAUCGAGGCAAUCUAUGCGACGGAUGAAGAAAAUAAUGCGAACAGGUAGGAAGGUACGUGCAUGCGCGAUAGUGGUGGCAGCAUGGAUCGAGUAAACUAGUUUGCUGGACUCGUCCAGCCAAUAGCAUACACGUGGCUUGCUGCUGCCUGUCAAGAUUCUCAUGGCCGUGAGGGGUUUCACCUCUAUAAAUACCCUCUCGCCCCAACUCCCAACCGUUCAUCUAGCUCCUGUGCUUCACUCUCCUUCUCCGCCUCCUUCUUCUUCUUCUUUAGUUUUUCACCACCUUCCAUGGCUUCUGUCGAGGUUGAAUCAGCUCCGGCAGUGGAGGCUCCGACCGAGGCCCCGCCCGCCACCGUGGAGGUGGAAUCAGAGCCAGCGUCGGCGCCAGAGGAGGUAGCUGCCGAGGUCGAAGCUGCCGCGCCGGCGGCGGAAGAGGAAGACAAAGAGGAAGCUCCAGCUGCUGCGGAUACAGAGGAUGCACUGCCGGCAGCCGACGUAGCAGCAGCAGCUGAGGCUGAGCCCGAGGAGGAGAAGGUGGAAGAGGAGCCAGCUGGAGAGCCCGCGGCCGAACCGGCAGCGGCUGAGCCGGAUGAAGAGGUGAAGCCGCAGGCCGAGCCAGAGGCCCCUGCUCCGGAAGCUGAAGAGGCAACCGAAGCUCCGGCAGAGGAGGCGGCUGCUCCGGCCACAGUGUGAUAGAGGACAAGGAGGACCGUCGUGUGGUUGGUCCAAUUCGUCAGCGAUCAUGUUUUGCAUGCUUAUGAGAUAUGGAGGUUUGAUUAUCAAUAAGCGUGGAGUCAUAAUUAAUAUCGGUUUGUCGUAAUAAUGUCUGUUAUUCGUUGGGCCUGUUCUUGUGUGAAAUUUAAAUAAUUGAGAUUUUGUUUCUUAAUAA